GCGUGUUUACUGUUUAGGGGGUCCGUCGGGAUAUCGGAGGAGGCGAAGAUGCCGAGCCGCCCCGAGGAUUACGAAGUACUCUUCACCAUCGGUGCCGGUUCAUACGGCAGAUGUCAGAAGGUGCGGCGGAAGGCGGACGGCAAGGUUUUAGUCUGGAAAGAGCUGGACUAUGGAUCUAUGACGGAAUCUGAAAAACAAAUGCUUGUUUCUGAAGUGAACUUACUCCGUGAACUGAAACAUCCAAAUAUCGUUCAUUAUUAUGAUCGUAUAAUUGACAGGACAAAUACAACACUUUAUAUUGUGAUGGAAUAUUGUGAAGGUGGAGACCUGGCUACAGUGAUUGCAAAAUGUACAAAAGAAAGACAUUAUCUGGAUGAAGCCUUUGUUCUUCGAGUCCUUACGCAGUUGACUUUGGCCCUGAAAGAGUGUCACAGGCGGAGUGAUGGUGGUCACACUGUGCUUCACCGAGACUUGAAGCCAGCAAAUAUUUUCCUUGAUGGCAAGAAAAACGUGAAGCUUGGUGACUUUGGCCUGGCUAGAAUACUUCAUCAUGAUACCAGUUUUGCAAAAACAUUUGUUGGUACACCAUAUUAUAUGUCUCCAGAGCAAAUAAAUCGCAUGUCCUAUAAUGAAAAAUCUGACAUCUGGUCUCUAGGCUGUUUGCUAUAUGAGUUAUGUGCAUUGUCACCUCCAUUUACAGCUUUUAAUCAGAAAGAGCUAGCAGAAAAGAUAAGGGAAGGAAAGUUCAGACGAAUCCCAUACCGUUAUUCGGAACAGCUGAAUGAACUCAUCACAAAGAUGUUAAACCUGAAGGAUUAUUGUCGGCCUUCAGUUGAAGAAAUUCUACAGAAUCCGUUGAUAGUCGACUUGGUAUCUGAGGAGCAAGUGAGAAUUUUGGAGAGGAAAGGGCGACGAUCAGACCAGGAUAAAGUAGAAAGAGUUUCAGGAACAGCAACUAAUGAAUUAAAACUGAAAGAACAACAGCUGCAAGAGAAAGAGAAAGCUAUAAAGGAAAGGGAACAUAGACUAGAACAGAGAGAACGAGAAUUGUGUGUUCGAGAGAGAUUAGCAGAGGACAAAUUGUCUAGGGCUGAGAAUUUGAUGAAGAAUUACAACUUAUUCAAGGACCAUAGAUUCUACCUGCCAGCAACUUGCCCAGAUGAAAUGUUACCUGUCCAUACAGCGAGAAAAAAGAAAGUCCAGUUUGGUGACGAAAGUAAAGAAAAUGUUCAAGGUGAGGAAAACCUGGAAAACUUUUCCCAAUCAAGAGAAAAAAAUUGUAACUUGAAGAAGCGUCUUUAUGCUGCAAAUCUGCGUGCGCAAGCCCUGUGUGAACUGGAGAGACACUAUCAGUUGAAAAGUCGUCAGCUACUAGGAAUGCGUUGAAACAGUUCAUUUGCACCUGUACAGAAGAGCAACAUUUCUAUAGUGUUUUAAAAGUAUAUUUUUGUAAUAGUUGUGAUGAAAAGGUCUGUAUAGAUAGUUUUA